UACUGGUAAGAAGGCGUGGUUUGCGAAAGUGGGCGUGUGGAGUAGGAAGUUGUCCAUAUACUGUUCAACACGGUUCAACAGCUAACUAGCGGUCACAUUUUACUUCUAAAUCUGAAGAAAAUAAACGUCACUGUGAGCAGUGCCAUGGUUACUGAAGGGGAGCCCUCAGACUGGGUGAAAGUACUACACCUGUUGGUGCUGUCCUUCUCAUGGGGCAUGCAGGUUUGGGUGUCCUUCGUAGCAGGGUUUGCUCUCGUGCAGCAGGUGACCCUGCACACAUUUGGCUUGGUGCAGAGUAAACUCUUCCCCGUCUACUUCUACUGCCUGCUGGGCUGCAACUUUGCCAGCCUGGCAGUGUAUGCCGUAUACCACCCCAGAGAGCUCCUGGACUGGCACGAGAGUCGGCAGAUGGGGCUGUACUUGGUGGCGCUGAUCAUGGCGGGCCUGAACGCCCAGUGGUUCGGCCCCUCAGCCACGGAGGUGAUGCUGAAGCUGCGGGAGGUGGAGAAGGAGCACGGCUUGGGGGAGCAGGUGGGUCUGGGCAGCCAGAAGGAGGCGUAUGCCAAGCUGAAAGAGCAGGAUCCCAAAUACAAGGCCUGGAAGAAGACCUUUGGUCAGUACCACGGCCUCUCGAACCUCUGUAACCUGAUAGGGUUCCUGUGCACCACCACUAACCUAGUCUACUUAGCCCUCAAUCUGAGCACCAUCUAGGCCGUCUCCCUGUGCGUCACCGAGUAGCUAGGUGAUUUAGAACCCGCGUUUGAUCUCAUCCUUGAGGAUACAAAUGGAAAACAGCUGACAUUAGGUCAAAACGGAUCAUCUUUGUGAAUGCAGAUUGCGUAUUGAAUUCCAUACAGAAGCCUGUAAGCAAAGUUCUCAGCUUGAUGGACAGGUUCUCCGUCAACUCAAAAUGGCUGGCAUUCCACUGGCUAAACUGUGCUCCAUAAAUGUGCCUUAUCAUCACAGUUCUGGUUUGCUGUUGGCUUGUUUUGUUAGAGUAAGCACUUAGUGAGGGAUUGUAGUGAUGGCUCCAGGGCCUCUGGGCCCUCUUAGUUUCCAUCAGAGAAUGUAGCUCACCAUUUCUGAGCCCUGUGUGUCUCCCUCAUGUUAAACUCACCAUGUUUCCAGGAUGAAUGUGUAGGUGGCAACCAAUUGACUCUAAACUAAAUCUUAUAACACGUCAAAAUCUUAUAACAUCUUGUCUGAGUAUGUUCUGGAAUUUUACUCAUUUUACAUAAUGAAACUUAGGACGCUGAGCAAAAAUAUUUUUUGGCAGAUAGCACUGUUGACUUGCAUUUCUGAAUUGAAUGUCAUGUGUAUUACUGUCCACUAGGUGAUGAUGUUUAGGCAAAUAUGUAAUUCCAGUAAGAUUACUUGUAGUGCUCAGUGAAAUAGCAAGAAGGUUCCUUGCUCUGAAAUAUCACUUUGACACACAGUUGUAUUUUCAUUUGAAUAAAAAAGUAAAGAAUCCUGUGUUUG